GGAGCGCAACGGAUCUUUUUUCCUUCGCUCGGCUCGUAUUCGGCAUGAAGGAGGUAAAGAGCGAGCGGGAGCGGGGGAGCCGGCGGAGGCACCGCGACGGGGACAUGGUGGCGGCGGCGGUGGUGGUGAAGGUGAAGCAGGAGCGCCUCAGCCCGGAAGCCGCACCUCCCGCCCACCGCCGCCCAGAUUCCUCCGGCGGUAGCGCGUCCCCGCCGGCUGGCGAGCCGGGCCGCCCUGGUCACCGCGGGAACCGAGCCCGAGGAGGUAGCCGGUCCCCAGCCAAAAAGAAAAACAAGUCCUCAGGGAGAAGAAGCAAGUCUCCUCGGAGUAAGAGAAGCCGAAGUCCUCACCACUCAACAGUCAGAGUGAAACAGGAACGUGAGGAUCAUCCCCGGAGAGGACGGGACGAACGGCAGCACCGGGAAUCAUCGGGCCAGGAACACAGACGAGCUAGAAACAGUGACCACGACAGACACAGGGGCCAUUCCCACCAGAGGAGAAGCUCUAAUGAGAGGCCUGGGAGUGGGCAGGCUCAGGGACGGGACCGAGACAUUCAGAAUCUACAGGCUCAGGAUGCAGAGCGGGAGUUUUACAACGCCCGAAGACGGGAGAAUCGCCAGAAGAACGAAGUUAGUGUUGGUGGUAAUGAGUCUCAGGAGUUGGUUCCCCGACCUGGUGGCAACAGUAAAGACAAAGAGGCACCCGCUAAAGAAAAGCCAAGCUUUGAACUCUCUGGGGCACUUCUUGAGGACACCAACACCUUCCGGGGUGUUGUCAUUAAGUAUAGUGAGCCCCCAGAAGCACGUAUCCCCAAAAAACGAUGGCGCCUCUACCCCUUUAAAAAUGACGAGGUGCUUCCUGUCAUGUACAUCCAUCGGCAGAGCGCCUACCUCCUGGGCCGGCACCGCCGCAUAGCGGACAUCCCAAUCGAUCAUCCCUCCUGCUCAAAACAGCACGCGGUCUUUCAGUAUCGGCUUGUGGAAUAUACCCGUGCUGAUGGGACAGUUGGCCGAAGGGUGAGGCCCUACAUCAUUGACCUUGGCUCAGGCAAUGGAACGUUCUUGAACAACAAGCGCAUCGAGCCACAGAGAUACUAUGAACUAAAGGAAAAGGAUGUACUUAAAUUUGGGUUCAGCAGCAGAGAGUAUGUCCUGCUUCACGAGUCCUCCGACACCUCUGAAGUAGACAGGAAAGAAGAUGAGGAUGAGGAGGAGGAGGAGGAAGUAUCUGACAGCUAGCAAACUAAGAAACAGCCCAAACUCUGGAAGGACCUUUCUUUAAAGGUUUUGGGAUUGAGUCAGAGAGCACCAUGGUUCUCUCUGUCAUGCCUCUUAAUGCCUUAAGUCUUUCCUCUGUUGCUGACCACCUUCUGUUAUAGUAUAGGAAAACUGACUUCUGUUUGGUUGAACUUUUUUCUGUGGCACAUCAGCCCCUUGCCUGUGGGCAUUUGUUUUCAGAACAGUCUCACCAACACAUUGUGUUUCAGUAGAAGCAUCGUGGCUUUAGUUGGUGCUUUCAGAACUACUGCCUAGGAAACUACAAACCCUUGGUUCAAGGGGAAUUGUGGCUUGUUCUCUUUGUACAGUUACUUUAUUUAUAUAGUUGUCAAGCUUUGUGGACUGGGUUUGUUUUUGUUUUUGGGGCAAACCCCUGAACAGAGGACCUUACUCUAAGCUUUGGUUGUCACCAAAACAGCCUCCAUUAUAUACCAAAACUUUGACCUGGUUGAGCUCUUGAGUCACAGAAGUUGACUUUGCACUUCAUUUUUGGGGGGGUGGGAAUUUACCACAUGACCUCAUUAUUAACUGUUGGACUUAAACAGAUGCUUUAUGGAACCUGCUGAAGCCUACAACUGUACAGGAAGAUCCUGGCUACCGCCAGUGGGUGCUGAUACAACGUCACGAGAGGCUGAAAUGGGUCAUGGAUCGGUUUCCUGUGAGAGAAUUCUGAUUUCUCCAUAGAGCAUGUACAUAACAAUUUUGAUCAUCAUAUCUGUUCAACUUAGCAGUUUUAUUCAAAUGUUAUUUCUUUCCUUCUUUGCAAAACAGUGUCAUUUAUGUAGCACGGUCCUUGCUUUAUUCUAACAAUGUAUGUAUGUGUGUAAAGGAGGUUGUAUAGUUGACAUGUUUCAUCUUUUUAAAAAAAUGUUCAUAGAGAUUGUAUUUACUUUCCCAAGGCCGGAAAGCAAGGGAGUUGCCGUUUCCUAAUUUUCCACAGAGGAAUAUGUGUAAGUAGCAAAGUCAUAACUACUUACACAUAGUGUGUGUGUGUGUGUGUGUGUGUGUGUGUGUGUGUGUGUGUACCUAAGAGUGUGAGUGAAAGAGCUGCAUACUGAUUUUCAUAUGAGAAUGUUUUGUGAUGUAAAUAGGCGAAGGCCUCCCUGCAUUUGAAUAGCAGGUUUUCAUUUGUAUGUAUUUUUGGGAUAAAAAAUAAUAAAAUUUGUAAAUAUAGCCCCAUUUCAAAGGGU